CCUCCCAAAACCCUAUUGAAACCCGACCUCACUCUUGCCCCCGAAAACACAAAGCAAAAUUACACAGGAAAAGAGAGAAGAAGCAAGAAGAAGCAUGGGUUUGCAAAAAAAGCAAAUAAUAUCAUCAGCUCUUAGCAAGCACCUCUCUUUAUCUCCUGAAGCUCCUUUGGGUGACCUUGGAGAGUAUGAUAUUAAGAGUCUGUACUUGAACAUUUUGAAGUCAUCAGGAAAAAGGUCCCCAUUAAAAGAAAGUGAGGAGGUGAUGAAAUGGAUAAGCUUUGCAGAGAUUUUUCCAAUAGAUUCUCCGACAUGCUUUGAUGCUCUCAGUGGAUUGAACAAAGACUUGGCUCUGAAUUCUGUGCUUUUGGGCAAUGGAUUGACACCCUCUGAAGCUGAUAUUAUAGUUUUUUCAGUAAUACAUUCAUCUGUGAUUGGCCUUUCACAUUUAGAGAGGGAAAAGUUGGUGCAUGUAAUGAGAUGGAUGGAUUACAUCCAGAACAAGGUAGACUUUGGGAAACUAUUUGAAAAGGUUUUGCUAGAAAAGGGUGCAUUCGAACUUCAGUUGCAGGGAAUAAAAGGUGAUGCUAAAUCAGAAAUAGAUACAAAUGCAAAAAAGACCGUGGAAAACAGUAAGAACAAAGAAAAAUCAGAAGCAGACCUAAGCAUGAAGAAAAGUGAUGCUGGGAAUAAGUCUACUGGAAAAAAAGAAUCUGCUCAAGAGAAGAAGAAACCAUCUGAAACAGAAGCAGGUGAGAAAGACAAAGAACUAAGUGUCAGUUUACUGAAUAUACAAGUUGGCCUUAUUCGCAAAGCAUGGAAGCAUCCCUCUGCUGACAGUUUACUGGUUGAGGAGAUAGAUAUUGGAGAUGCUAAAUUGAGGCAGGUAGUCAGUGGUUUGGCGAAGUUUUAUAGUCCAGAUGACUUGACGAACCGUCGAGUUGUCUUGAUUACAAAUGUAAAACCUGGAAAGCUACGAGAUGUGAUGUCAGAAGGCCUGGUCCUUUGUGCAUCGAAUGAGGAUCACACCAUUGUAGAGCCUUUGCUGCCUCCAGAAGGUGCCAAAGUUGGAGAACGUGUGUCAUUCUUGGGGAUUGACGGUAAGCCCGAAGAUGUUCUUAACCCAAAAAAGAAGCAGUUAGAGAAAAUAACACCGAAUCUUUUCUCGGAUGAUAAGGGUGUGGCCACAUUUAAGGGAAUACCAUUUAUGACAUCUGGUGGGCCUUGUACAUCAUCCAUCCCGAAGGCAAGCAUCAAAUGAUGCAAAUGAUCAAUUGGACCUUAAAAACGCCAUGCGGCUUACCACUUCGAGGUUCAUAUUUCAACUUUACAUGAGAAGAUACACAUGUAAACUGUCAUUCAGUUGUCUUUUGAAAAUAUUUAACGAAGUCUUAUUUUAAUCAGUUUGUUGACUGUUGUAUUAAGUUAAAUUUUGUUGUCUUGACUCAUUAAUGAUGAAUAUAUCGUGUCAAUUGAUGAAUGCGGCUAUUUUUUAGGCAUAAUGAGCAAUCCGUUUAAAUC